AUGCAGAUAAUGCCGUUAUUUUCUGCAAACACCCCUCAGUUCAUUCACACAAAGGGCCUCUUAGCUCAAUUCCCUUUACACGAUCUCACAGAUGACCCCGUGUCCCUCUUUCUUUUCACCACAGGUAACCGCACAGACGACGGUUCAGACGUAGAUUCGGAGCCCGACUUGCCACUGAAGAGGAAGCAGAGGCGCAGCCGCACCACCUUCACUGCUGAGCAGCUGGAGGAGCUGGAGAAGGCUUUUGAAAGGACUCAUUACCCUGACAUUUACACCAGAGAGGAGCUGGCUCAGAGGACAAAACUCACAGAGGCGAGAGUACAGGUGUGGUUCAGCAACAGGCGUGCUCGGUGGCGUAAGCAGGCUGGUGCCAAUCAGCUAGCGGCCUUCAACCACCUGCUUCCCGGAGGAUUUCCACCCACAGGAAUGCCAACUUUACCCACAUACCAGCUGCCAGAGUCAAGCUACCCCAGUACCACACUAUCACAGGAGGGCGGCAGCACUUUGCACCGACCCCAGCCCCUACCUCCGUCUUCCAUGCAUCAAGGAGGCCUGAGUGCUGACAGCAGUUCUGCCUAUGGACUGUCGUCCAACCGCCACAGUUUCUCCAGCUAUUCCGAUACAUUCAUGAGCCCCUCAGCCUCCAGCAACCACAUGAACCCCGUUGGCAAUGGGCUGUCCCCACAGGUCAGUCCAGCAGGCUUUCACGCCUUGGUGCCUGAAAGCAUUCUGAAUUGA